GAUAAAUUAGAGUAAAACAGUGUCAAAUAUAGGACUUAUUCCUUAAAACAAUACAAACUGAAGUUGUUAUUAUACUCAAUUUGAAACUAAUUCACAAUGCAGAGCUCAAUUACUAAAGGUGAACCAUCUUUUUGCAAAAUCUCCACGAUAUCUAUUGGAUUAUUAUCCAAAAUACCAGAUUAUGUGUUAGAUUAUAACAUUUUUUUCUUUAAAGGUGUCAAAAAGUUUCGAGAUGAAGAUUCUAAAAGCUCCUCAAGUCCAGCUAUAAAUGAAAUUAAAAGAUUAAUUUGCAAAAACUCUGUUGAUAAUUGCGAAAAUAUCAACUACAAUUUAGAUGAAAAAACUAAGACUUGUAUAAUGCAUGACAGAUUAUUAACCUAUUUAGUAUUAGAAAGAAAAAGAAGAGAUAAAUUUUUGUUGAAAAUGUAUUUGGAUUCUCAAUUAAAUAAAGAUAAAAGUAAAAGUAAAAAUCAGAAAAAAUCAAUUGAAGAAAUUGAAAAGGAGUUUUCAGAGAUCAAAUUAUUAGAUGAGGAACAUUUAAAUAUUGAUAAUUAUAAGAUUAGAUCUCCAAUAUAUAACUACAUUUUAAACAAUGAAGACGAUUUAUUUAAAAACCGUGUUUCUUUUAGAAAAUUUUCAAUCUUACAAAGAAUUGAAUACAACUUUGAAGAAGAGUUAAAUGAUGAUGAUCUCAUAGAAAAUUUUUGUGAUUGUGACGAUUUUGAUUUUUUUAGGAAAUUCAAGUUGUCAGGCAAUGAAGAGUAUGAUUAUAAGGAUAUGACCCAAGAAGAUAUCGAAAAAAGAGAAAAAAAAUAUGACGAAGUUAUCAAUGAAAUGAUGGAUAAAGAUAUCAUUCGAAUAUUGAUUCCAUUGGCAUCUCAAGUCAUUCUCAGUGGAAUUGAUCUCAAUAAGGGCCAUACUGAUAUCAGCUUUACUGAAGUUGAACCUGAGAAAACUUCAACUGUUCUCUAGUCAACAGUUUAUAGAAAAUAUUCAAAAUAUUUAAAAUAUUCCAAAUCACAGUACUUUUCAAAAUAAAUAUGACAAACAGUACUCCGCCAGAGUCCACCAAAAUUUUAGUCAAACUUCAAAAGCCCAAAUAUAAACCAACUUAUAUUUUUCAAAUGUGAUACUUUAACUACAUAAUCUAUCGUAUCUAAAUAACGAAUGGAGGUUUCUAUUGUUAAUUUCCAUCUACAGUUGACCUAAAAUUUGAGGUUGCAAGCUCGCAGUCUUAAUCACGUAGAAAACAUUUUGCAACGGGAAAACUUGUAGGAACCAUUUUUUAAAAUAAACAACAACUUUGAUGACGAUUAAUUGGACCAAAAACCUGAUUAAUAAUACAAAUUUUGUAAU